AUGGCCUUGACUUUGACGCGCGAGACCCUUGCCAGGUUCGAGAAGGCGCGCCUCGGGGGGGCUACGCAGCCAUUGCCGCCGCCGAACCGCAAGAUGUCACGCGCCCGCGUGGACUACGAAGCCUCUAGCAGUGCCAGCGACCUGGCGCACUGGCCGCACUGCGACAGCACCCCAGCGCACCUCCACCCAUCCGGGAGAGUUGCAACCGACGGAGCUCACUGCGGCGCAGGCGCAGGGGGUCGGGCCGAAUACCGCUCGCUCGAGCACUUCGAGGCAAUGGGGGCCCCUCUGCCCGUCGACCACAACUUCGCUGACGGCCCCGAUGAGCUGCAGAUGUGCGCCCGAGGUGCCUUCGCGGAGGUCAUGUGCAAGCAAGAAGCACGCGGCCUCGAGGUCACCUUCAAGGAUUGGCUCUUCUGGAACGAGGCAGUGGGCGGAGACGAGAUGGGCCUCGACGGAGACGAGGUCACAACCGAUCUAGUUCGUGGCGACGACGCCUCCGACUCCGGCCAUAGCACAGGCGAUCCUGGAGAUCUUCGCCCCCGCGAUGACUGCGCGCCAGCGCCACCUGCGCACGCGCGCCGUUGCUUGCCCGCGAGACGAGCUGGGGAGAGCGCCUGCCUGAACGCCCACGUAAGCCCAAUGUCCAACGCGCGGCAGAAAUUCACGGCGGCGCACUGCCCGCGCGUGAUGACCCCCGCGCUCGCGCCGGCCAUCAUUCGGCUUCUGGAAGUGGAAAUCCGCCACAUCGUGACCAGCUCGGGCGCGCCAUGGAGGGCCUGGCACGCAGACGGGACGAUCGCGCAAGAGGCUCGACAGGCACGAACUGGCGCGCUGCAGACGACACUGCACAUGAUCGAAGACAAAUUAAAGCGCUACAACACCGCCCAUGUCUUCAAUAGCGUGCUCGCUGAGGCGACAUUCGCGGGCUACCCUGCGACGUUCUGCAAUGGUAGUGUAGCCGAUCACAGGAAAAGAGAGGCGGCUCACAACGCUCUGGUCGCGUCCGACCAGGAGCUCGUCGCCCUCAACGAGCGGGCGUUGGGCCUGCCCUCGGAGUGCGCCCCCAAGGCCGCGGAGGAGACACGGAUAGCAUCUCCACCGACUACGCUUCCAAUGGUGGAGACUCCGCGCCGGACUGGAAGGAGAGACGCCGGCUCCGGAGACUCCGUGCCAGACGGCCUCGGCCUCGAGGUGCUCGAGGUGGAGAGCAGCGACCCCCGCGGGUGCACCUGCCCGCUCUGGGGCGCGCUCGCCGCUGCCGUGUCGCCGGCGAGGUGGCCUUUCGAGGCUUGGCGCGCGAGGCGCGUGCCGCUCAGAGCCGACAGGGCCGAGCGGGUUUGCCGCGCGCCGUGA